UUCUCUCAGGUACUAGAUGGGGAACUGAAGCCAAAAGAGGGAAUGUGACUUGUCCAUAGUCAUAUAGAUAAGAACAAACCUGAAACCCAGGUCUUUGACUCAUAUCACACUGCCUCAGUGAAUAGACCAGACCCAGACUAAGUCGUUUAACCCCCAUUACUUAGUCCUUACCACUCCUCUGCUUUGGAAUUGAUAUUUAGUAUUGAUUUGAAAACAGAAGGUGAAAGUUAGAAAAAAAAAAUAGACUGAAUAAACCUAUAGACCAGAAAGCCAAAGAAAGGGAACUGAUCUGAGUCCUUAGAGAAAAGGCAGCUUGAGAUAUUACGAUCAUGAUUUGGGGGAGAAAAAAGAAAAAAGAAGUGAAACAACUCUAAACUGCGCCGAGGUAGCCAAAAAGAGACGACCAACGAAAGAGAGCAGCAGAGGAGAGCCAGGUUUCUGGCUGAAUAAAGUGAUGACGGAGGACAUGCACGGACAUGCCUCUUGGCAGGCAAAGGACCCAGUCCCGGAGUCUGAUGAGGGAAUAGAGCAAAAUUGAGACUCCACUUGCCCGGGACUACAACUCCCAGCAAUGACUGCGCCCGACAGGUGCCGGAUGAAUGACGGGCCGGUAGUGACGUAAACCGAGGGCGGGUAAUUUCGACUGGCGGGAGAAGAACGGUUACAGUUGCCAGUCACUUUUCCCGGGCCUGGAACCUUCCGACCCCUGGAAUCGCGAUGGCCCAGCUAGAGGAGGACCAAUGGCCUUCGCGCUUGGUCAAGAUGAAGGCAGUAGAUGAUUUGCUGAGAUGUGGAAUUUGCUUUGAUUAUUUCAACAUUGCAAUGAUCAUUCCUCAGUGUUCACAUAAUUAUUGUUCUCUUUGUAUAAGAAAAUUUCUGUCCUACAAAACCCAGUGUCCGACCUGUUGUGUGACAGUCACAGAGCCUGACCUGAAAAAUAACCGGAUAUUGGAUGAACUGGUAAAAAGUUUUAUUGCAGCACGGAGUCAUCUGUUGCAGUAUACCCUAGAUUCACCACCGAUAUCUCCUCUGCCCUCCUGCAUAAAGAAUAUUUCUGGCAAAAUCCACAUUCCUAAAGUGCACACAGGUUCUCCCUUAAAACAAGAAAACAGAAUAAUGGAUUCUUACUUGGUAAAAGAAAUACAAUCUUCUAUAAAAACACCAGAGAUGCCGAAGAAGGUCAAAGAAGGGAAAAUCAGUCCUAUAGGAAAAAAGUACUCCAGUUCUCCAGAGAUAAAAGGGGCAUCAAGGGAAGCAAGAGAGGCUCAAAGAGCCACUUCUCUUAAUGGCCCCGAGAAACCUUCUACAUCUGCUUUUAAGGAAGUUACUAAAGUGGAAUGUCCUGUUUGCAGUGUGAGUAUCCCUGAGGCCUAUAUAAAUAAACAUUUGGAUAGCUGCUUAUCAAGAGAAGACAAGAAGGAAAGCCUUAGAAGUUCUGUUAAUAAAAGGAAGACAAUGCCCAAAGUUGUUUACAACUUGCUCUCUGAUCGGGACUUAAGGAAAAAACUCAAGGAACACGGACUGUCUAGUCAUGGGAACAAACAGCAGCUUAUUAGACGGCAUCAAGAAUUUGUGCACAUGUACAAUGCCCAGUGUGAUUCUUUACAUCCCAAAUCAGUUGCUGAAAUAGUUAAAGAAAUUGAAAAUAUAGAGAAGACUCGAGUACAUCUUGAAUCAAAUAAGCUGAAUGAAAGUUUUCAGGCCAUGGUAUUUACAAAGAACCAGACGGAAAAAGAAAUAGAUGAUAUUCACAGUAAAUAUCGUAAGGAACAUCAGAAUGAAUUUAAACAGCUAGUCGAUGAGGUAAAAAACCGGUGCAAGAAAGCUGGCAUACUACUGACAAAACAAGUAAAGAAAGAAGAAGAGGAAUCCAUGGAAGAGUUCAUGGGAGAGGAUAAUAAACCAACAUGCAAAGAUCUAAGCUCAGCUACAGUCCCAUUACACCAAUCAAAGGUGGAAUCUCAGGAAGAGAUGGAACAAGAUGCAGCAGUAGAUUCUUCUCAUUUAUCUGAAGUUCCGGAAACUCCUGUAUUCACUGCUUCAGAUUCAGGAAGCAGCUCCAGCUCAGAUAUCAUAAGAGACCUCAUAGAGGAACAGGAGUUUUCAGAAUCAAGCUCCAGCUCAGACAUCAUAAGAGACCUCAUAGAGGAAAAGGAGUUUUCAGAAACAAGAAACCGGAAUAAAAGCAAGAAGGUGAUUGCCCGAAAACCAUGUCGGUCAAGAUCUCCAGAUAGCAACUGUAGCAAUAGAAGAAGUAAGCGUAGCAAAACUUAG